CUCAGUCCUUCUGAAAUAACUUUUCUUAAACCGGUUGUAAUUACUGUAACUUCAUGCUAUCACAAGAUUCAAGGAUGUGAUUCACCUCAAGUAAGAGUAGAAACUGGACAUUCUUGGGAUUUACAUGAAGAAACAACACUUGGAGAAAGGGGGGAGUUUUCAUUUUCCGUGAUGCAUUUUUCACCAUUUCGUUUUCUGCUUUAUUUGCUUGGCUUGGGCGUUCAGAAGAGCAUUGCUCACAUGAGUUUUACAAACAGGCUAUGGUUUUCCGACUCGGUGGUUAAGGCUAGAUUCACCAUUGGCAAUUUACUUGCGGGGAAAGAAAUAACCUACAAAAUCGACAUGAUGAAAACAGGUCAAGACGAAGUUCAUUCAAGCAUGACAAACACGUUCUCCUUCCUACCGGGACCAGGAAAUGUGAAUCAAGGUGCGCAAGGUUGCGCUGCUGUGAUUGAUCGAUCUAACAUUGACAUAGUAGUUUUGCAGAAAUAA